AUGUAUAUUCAACCAACACCUUAUACACGUUCAUUAACAUCAACGAAUAUUGCUCAAACAAUGCAUACACCAUUAUCAACAACGUCAAAUAAUAAUACAAUACGUUUAUCACAAGAACAUCGUGCACGUCUUUAUCAAAUAGUAAAUGAAUUAACUGAUGAUCAAUUACGUUUAUUUCUUACAAAUCAUAUAAAUUCUUUAUCAAAUACAACAUUGAAUAAUCAAUUUCAACAUUAUUCACGUACACAAUUAAUACAACAAACAUAUAUUCUUAUUGAUAAUUAUUAUUCUGUUGAUCUUGAACAAACACUUUAUGCAAUGAGACAGAAACGUUUUCAACCUGAUUAUCAACAACAGCAACAAAUAUAUCGACAACAAACUCAACAGCAACAACAAACUUAUGCUACACCAUACAAUCCACAACCAUAUUAUUAUACUCAACAAACAAUACCAUAUAAUAUUCAACCGAAUUAUCGUCUUCCAACACCAUCAAAUGUUUCACAACAAUUAAGAUCAAUACGGCCUAAUCCUAAUCCUACUCAACCUACAAAUGCUCAUAAUCAACGUUCUCAAAAUUCUCGUUCUCAACAGCAACAACAACAGCAGCAAGCUCCGUAUGUUCCUUCUAUUUUAUCUCGUCAACAAUAUAUUCAACAACCACCAGCAUCUACAACAACAACAACAACGAAUGGUUUAUCAUCAUCAGCAUCAACAUCUGUUAUGCCUCGAUAUCAAAUUCCAAUUCUACCACCUCCACCAUCAAAUAUGACUCGACCAAUUCUUUCAACUUCAUCAUCAUCAUCAACAUUAAAUAUAACUCAUAAAACUUUACCAUUUUAUCGUCCAUUAACAUGUGUCUAUGAAUGUUAUCAUGUGUUUCGCUAUGAUACAUAUCGUAAACAAUAUUUUUCUCGAAAUGAUUUUAUUUUAUCACUUGAUGUAUGUAAUCAAUUAGCAUUAUCAUAUGAUUAUGAUUCUGAUCUUGAUAUACAUAAAACAACAAAAUGUUUGAUUAUGCGUCUUGUACGUAUUGAUCAACCACCUAUGUCAAAUGGUAAAUAUGAUGAUAAUCUUCCACCAAAUUUAGUUAUGCAUGUAAAUUCACAAAAUGUAACUAAUUUACCAACACCAAAACCAUGUACAAGACAACAAACUGAUUUAAUACGUAUUGGACGUGAAAUUGAUAUAACAUCAUAUUGUAUGUUUAAUCCCGUAUUAAAUAAUGAAUUAACAAUGACAUGGUCAUAUCGUCAAGAUAAUACAAAUUUACAUUUACAAUAUAUUAAUUCACAAUAUGCAUUACAUAUAUUUCUUGUACAACAUUUAACUAUCGAAGAUUUAUGUGAACAAAUUAAAAAUAAAACAUCAAAAUUUUAUCGUGAAGAUUUAGUUAAAUUAUUAGCUAAAGCAAUUGCAACUGAUCGUGAUCUUGGUUUAGAAGUUAGUGAUCAAAAAUUAAAAUUAAAAUGUCCUAUUGAUCAAAGACGAUUAAAAAUACCAAUACGAGCUAUAACUUGUCAACAUUUACAAUGUUUUGAUUUAAAAAAUUAUAUUGCUUUAAAUGAAAAAGCUGGUAAAUGGAUCUGUCCCGUAUGUAACAAAUCCGCUUUAUUUGAUGAUUUACAAAUUGAUUCUUAUACGGAAUCAAUAUUAAAUUCAAUGGAAAAUGAAAAUAUAACAGAAAUAAUAAUUGAUAGUAAUUUAAAUUGGACACCUGUAACAUCAUCAUCAUCAUCAUCUCUAAUUACUGAACAACAACAUCAACAACAACAACAACAAAUAACAUCAAAUAUUGAUGAUAUUAUAUUAGAUGAUGAUCAAAUUAAUGAAAGACAUCAAGAAAUUGAUUCAAAAUUCAAAAUUCAAUUAAUCCCAUCAUCAACAAAUGGAUCAGCUGAUGUGAUUCUUAUUGAUGAUGAUUAA